GAGAACAUAAAAAAAUGCAUACUCAUUCACUAUACUUUGAAGACAACUCGCACAGAUCGGACAUGUUCGGGUGAGAAGUGUCGCAUUUCCCCAACUUCAAAUUCCGGUUGCGCAGCCAUCACCAUCGUGAUGGCUUCGGUGUACGCGCUCCACAAGGUGUCUGACGGAACGUGGAGCAUCAGGGACUGCGUCUUCUUCGGCCUCUUCAUGUGCUCUGUCGAGCGGGUACCCUUGAGCAGCGUCAUCUUCGACGAAGGUCGCUACCCUGUAAUCGCCACAAUGAUUCAGUCCGAGGCCCUGUUCAAUACUGGCAUGGCGUGGUGCGUCUUCGGCUUUCUUGGAGGAAACGUAAAUCGUAAGUUAGAUUUCGUCUCGUCACUUUGUCGAAGAUGUGACCAACACUGGGACAACGCUGUAUUUACCUCAGCCGGCAGCCAGUGUUUUUCAUGAGUGGACCCAUCUUCAAGCAGGCAACGACCAUAUUGCCCUU